AUGCUGGAGAUUGCUCGAAUGAGCAUUAAGUCGUCGAAGAGCACCUCGAGAGAACCAAUUUCCAAGGUGAUCGCCAUGCAAAGGGUUGAUCUGAUUGCAGAGGCCUCUGCGAUUAGUGGUGAGCCGAUCGAUGAUUCAACCAUCGAUCCGUUGAUUGGAGCUUCGAACCCUGGUCCCGAGAACACCCAACCCAAUCCUGCUGCAAUUAAGGACAAGCGCAAUGGUGAAGUUUCUCAUAGUGAAAGUGUUUAUUUUUCCUUUUUCUUUUUUCUUUUUUUUUGUUUUUUGUUUGUAAACUGCAUUCAUAAUUUAACUGGUUACACUGGACCUUCUGCUAGAAGGAUUUGGGACUCUAUAUACUCAGAGAACUGCCCAAAAUAUUCGUCUGGAGAAACAUGUCCAGAGAAAAAGGUUUUGUACAAACUGAUAUCAGGUCUUCAUUCUUCAAUCCCCACGCACAUCGCUGGUGAUUAUCUUCUUGACGAGUCACGCAACCAGUGGGGACAGAACAUCGAGCUGAUGUAUGAUCGUAUUCUGAGGCAUCCGGACCGUGUCAGAAACAUGUACUUCACGUAUCUGUUUGUGCUGCGUGCUUUAACUUCUCUUCUGUCGUACUUGGAGCAAGCAGAGUAUGACACAGGGAACCAUGCGGAAGAUCUGAAAACACAGUCCUUGAUCAAACAGUUGUUGUACAGUCCGAAACUCCAAACAGCAUGUCCUGUUCCUUUUGAUGAAGCUAAGCUGUGGCAAGGUCAAGGUGGACCUGAACUGAAGCAGCAGAUCCAGAAAAAAUUCAGGAAUAUAAGUGCACUGAUGGACUGUGUAGGUUGUGAAAAAUGUCGGCUUUGGGGGAAGCUUCAGGUUCAGGGUCUAGGGACAGCAUUGAAAAUAUUCUUCUCUGUUGGAAACCAAGACAAGGAGGGUGACCAAACACUUCAACUGCAACGUAAUGAGGUGAUUGCACUGGUGAACUUGCUCAACCGUCUCUCUGAGUCGGUUAAAAUGGUUCAUGAUAUGAGACCAGACGUGGAGAGGCUAAUGGAGGAUCAGAUAACUAAGACAUCAUCUAAACCUGGUAGAUUAAGAAGAGUAUUGGAUUUAGCUUUCUCCUUUUUGGUGAAAUAAUCAUUGAGCUGUCCAGCUUUUUGUUAGGCAUUCAUGCUGAAUCAAAUGGAUAGUCAUCGUUGUAACAAAAUUAAAGAAAAAAAAGAAUAUCAUUAUACAAACUCAAGAUUUUGAUAAAACAGAAGAAGAAUAGAGAUUCUUGAGGUAAAAGUAACCUAUAUAUUAUAUAUACCUUGUUAGUAACUCUUGAUGAACAGAGCUUUUAAAAACAGAGGUUAGGUUUACCCAAAAUAGAUUUAGGAUCAUUGGUGAUAUGCAUAUGUCAUGAGAAUUUAGUACUAGAUUAUCGGAUAUCGUUUUAAUGUAAAAGGUACAUAUCUCGUAAAGCGCCGGAAAACAUAAACUUAUACUCUGAAAGUAAAGACAGAGUUCACAUACAUACGUGCGGGUAUUUACAUAACGCGCUGAAAACACACAAAUUCAUGAGAUUUAUUUACGAAAGUAAAGACGAGUUCACAUAUAUACCUGCGGGUAUUAUCUAUAACCCAUUUAAUCAUGGCCAUGGACGAGUUCUCAAGGAUUCUUACAUUUCAUGAUCUUGAUCUUUGACUAGUAGAAUGGGAACAUCCU